GUACUUCACAUGUUCAACAUCUCCCUGUACUCACUGACAAGUAACAAAGGGUUAUUUAAGCCCUCUAUGGCUAGUCUUUUGCAAGAGUUCCAUUUCACAAUCUUCUGAAGAGAAAGGAAAGGCUUCCAGGGCCAAAGGCGAAAGGAGAUAGUAUAAGGGCCAUCUCUCUGAGAGAGAAAUGUUUCGUAGUUGCUGCGUUCUUGUUCUCCUCCCCCUGAUUUGAGUGCUCUGCGUACCAGAUCUGAAGCUCCUUGAGACUUUGGUGGUGGGGGCUGCAGCAUUCGAGGUGGUCAGCGAUGAGUAAGGAGGAUGUCCUCAAAGUGCAGACCUGCGUGCUGAAAGUGAACAUCCACUGUGAUGGAUGCGAGAAGAAGGUCAAGAAGAUCCUCCACAAGAUUGAUGGUGUGUACCAAAGCAGCAUAGAUGCGGAGCAGGGGAAGGUGACGGUGUCCGGCUUGAUGGAUCCGGACACCGUCAUCAAGAAGCUGAACAAGGCCGGCAAGCCCGCCCAGCUGUGGGGCUCCAAGCCUGGCGUGGUGAGCCAGCUCCAAAAGCUCCAGCUUGGCGGCGGUGGCAAGGGCCAGCCUAAGGAUGCCGGUGGCAAGGGCCAGCCCAAGGACGCCGGCGGCAAGGGCCAGAAGGGCGGAGCAGGCGGAGGCGGAGGCGGUGGGAAAGAUGCAAAGAUGGUGAUGCCGCAGCCAACGCCGCAACAGCUACAGCAUUUGCAACAGCUGCAACAACAGAUGCAGAUGAAGGGAAUGAAGCUUCCUCCUCAGUUCAUGGGCGGCAAGAUGCCGUUCCCGGCUGCCGCGCCGGCGAAGGACCCCAAGUCUGUCAAGUUCGACCUCCCCGAGGACGACUUCGAGGAUGACGGCAGCGAGUUCGAUGACGAGUUGGACGACUUUGAUGACGAGGAGGAUUUCGAGGAUGACGGCCUCGACGACGACGACUUUUACGACGACCCCAAGAUGAUGAUGAAGCCCGUGGCCAUGCCGCUGGGAGGCGGCGGGGCCGACAAGAAGGGUGGCAAUGGUGGCAAGAAGGGCGGCGGCGGGAACGAGAUCCCGGUGCAGAUCAAGGGAAACGCCAACAACAGCGGCAAGAAAGACUCAGGCGCCAAGCAGAAUCAAGGUGGUGGAGGCGGUCACGGCAACAACGGCGGCGGUAAAAAUGGAGGCGGUGGGCAGCCGCCGCAGAACGGCAAGGGAAACGCCCCGGGUGGCGGGAACCACCCGGGUCAGGGAAAGAAGGGCGGCGCCGCCGGAGGCCCCGUCGGCGGCGGCCCGAUGGGCGGCAUGUCGCUGCAGCCGGGCAUGAUGAGACCUAACAUGAUGGGCGGCGCCGGUUUCCCCGGGAUGGCCCAGAUGGGCGGCGGGCCCAUGAGCAUGCCGAUGGGCCAGGGCCACCCGCACAUGGGUAGCAUGCAGCAGGGUGGUGCCGGUGCCUUUCAUGGUAUGCCGGCUGGCGGCAUGCCUGGGGUGGGGUUCUACCAGGGCGGUGCCGGCGGUGGCGGCAUGCCGUCCGGGCCGGAGAUGCUGCAGGCUGCCGCGGCGGCCGGGAACCCCAUGGCGCAGCAGCAGUACAUGGCCCUGAUGCAGCAGCAGCAGCAGCAACAGAUGCUAAUGGGCGGCCACGGCGGCGGCGGGUACCCGCCGAUGGGCUACGGGUACGGCCGCCCGCCGAUGCACUACCCGAUGGCGUACCCGAUGCCGCACCCGAGUGACAACAUCUUCAGCGACGAGAACCCCAACAGCUGCUUGGUGAUGUGAGGCAAGAUUGACUGCUGCCGGUUGCUUCCUCUUGCUGAUGCUUUGUUCGGAGUGAACCAACCGGAAGGAACUCAGGUCACAGGUGAUCAUCAGUCAACGUGACCAUGGCUGAAACACCCUGGCUGGAUCAGUCAGUAGCAACUCGGUAUACAUGCGAAAUGAAUCCCAGCUAGGAUUGCUUAGGAUUGCUCCUUUUUCUUUUUUCUCUUUCUUUUCUUCUUACUUAGCUUAUUUUCACCUUUUCUUUCAUAAAAGCAACUUCCUUGAAGGCGAAGGUAGGUAUAGUAACUAUCUAUAGUUGUCAUAAGAGAUGAUGAUGCUUUUAUAUCCCAAGAAGGUGGUGCUGGUGGUGACUUUCCUUCUUGCUCCAAUGUUGGAUUGUAGAACAAUGUGCAUGCAAAACAAUGUGUCGAUCUUGUUAAAAGGCAGUGUAGCAGUUCUCUUGUGUAGUGGAUGCAUGAAUGGUAGAGCUAUGCACUUUUUACA